AUGAGCAAACCUGCACAGCUACAUGUCCCAUGUGAGCAUGAGAUGGUGGAGCUGAUGAUGUUGUCUGGUUCUGAUGGUUCUGAUGGUUCUGAUGACUUUGGUGAUUUUGACAGUUCAGGGAAAGUUCUGAAGGCAAGAGUUAUCAUUGUGUUGGUCUAUAAUGAAGCGGAUGCUCGCUGGAUAUCAUUGGAAGCGAUGGCGAGUGAACAUUGA